CCUGAAGUAGUCAUGGAGUAGCCUAUUUCUUCAGAACUAUGAAAAACCCAACGACAACUUUACUUAAACCUGGUGCUCUUCUGCUUAUUAUUACAAUACAUUUUCCAUUUAGUUCCCAUAUAAUCAUCUGGGUGCUCUGUCCGCGGGACUGAUAGGAUUUAAUUUGGUUAACCCAACACAUGCAGUAUCCAAUCAGAGUAAAGGAGGAGGUUCCCACAAAUCUUCCCUGCAAGUGGUGAUUUACCGGGUUGCAAACUGUAUCGUUUAUUCUGAUCAGAUAGAAGAUAAAGAGUGCCCUUUUUCAUGUUGGUCCGUUGGUCGAAGUUACUGGUCAUUUGUGGAUCAGACCCUAGAAAAUAAGUGAUUAUGCUAAAAUAGCAACGCCUGACACUGUUUACAAUGGCAUCUAAAGGCUUCUCGAAAAAAAAUGUACUUCUAGAGGAGAAAGCAUUGAAACCCGAACGUCCUUCAACCUGCACGUGCAGGAAACAGUGUAACAAUUGUAAGAUAUUCCUUGGAUUCUUCGUGUUAUCCCUCUCUUUGCAUUUUAUUACAUUAUUCUGCUAUUUGGACCUCAGAUCUGAAGUAAAACGCGAGAUUUUACAGAAAAACCGGGAUGAAAUUCUAACGCCGGGUGCAACUGCUCUCAGUGAGCUGAUUUCCCCCGAAUUCCAGAUUUUGGACAUCAGCUACCCUGCAAUGGAACAAGAGGACAAGCCUCAUAUAGGUUUUCACCUCACAGAGGAAAGUGAAAGGGUCAUUCAGCGGACCAAAAGGAGUCCGAAUAAACGACUUGAAUCAGAGUCAAAUGGAAAACGAAAAGAAAAGAGAAAAGGUAAGAAGGGGCCUCCUGGUGCACCAGGCCCCCCAGGGCCUCCAGGACCACAAGGGCCACCUGGAAUUCCUGGAAUACCUGGAAUCCCAGGUAGCAAUGCCAUGGGACCCUCUGGGCCACCUGGUCCCCCUGGGCCCCAAGGACCACCAGGACCACAGGGGCCCCCUGGCCCUCAAGGACCUGCAGGAGGCUUGGAUAAAGUGAGACUCAGAGAUUCUCAGCCUGCUGUAGUACAUCUGCAAGGCCAGGAGACAACAAUUCAAGUAAAGGAAGAUCUUUCAGAAGGCGUCCUCAAAAACUGGAAAAUGAUAUCCAUACACCACAAGGUGUUCAAGAUGCACUCGCGCUCCGGAGAGCUGGAGGUGCUGGUCGACGGCACCUACUUCAUCUAUAGUCAGGUAGAAGUUUACUACCUCAACUUCACUGACAUCGCCAGCUACGAGGUGAUGGUGGACAAAACGCCCUUCCUGCGCUGCACGCGGAGCAUCGAGACGGGCCAGCGCAAGUUCAACACCUGCUACACCGCAGGGGUGUGCCUGCUGCGAGCCCACCAGAAGAUCUCCAUCAGGAUGGUGUACGAGGAUACCUCCAUCAGCAUGACCAACCAUACCACCUUCCUGGGCAGCAUCCGGCUUGGCGAAGCUCCGCCCACCAGCCACUCUUGAGCGAUGCUUUACAUGUUGGCUUCUGUCCCAUGGAAGAAAAGACUCAGAGUCAAUCAAAGUCUCCCUCCUUACUAGCUAUGUCUAAGUAUGCCCCUGUCCCCAGGUACAAACACAUUUAUGUGGUGAUAUGGGAUCAGCACAUUUCAGAAGGACGCCAUAUCAGCCACUUAGGACUGAAGGCAAAACCAUGCUUUUCAUUUCCUCCAGCAGUUCUUCAAGCAUGUUCCCAGGCUGCGCGUACCAGAGCUGCAGGCUUUGUAGCAUCAAAGGAGGAGAAAUCAAACUCCCGUCACCCACCCAUGCAGAAUAAAGGGGAACACCUCGUGCUAGUGCUAAGUGUCACAAUGUGUGUGUGUGUGUGUGUGUGGGUGUGUGUGUAACAGUGUAACAGUUAUAUUACAGUCCUAUUAUCCAACAAAACGGGCCUGUUCAGAAACUGAAAUGGGCAAAAAUCUUGGCCAAACUGUUUUGCAGAAACAAGAUAGCUGCAACACCCAAAGUCCGGAAGAGAUUUAUGAGCAGGCAUUAGCAUUAUUCACUGAACCACAAUUAUGGCUGUUAAACAUACAUUACUAUAUGCUUGUCAUGUAAACUAACUAAAUACUCAGCUUGACAUCCACCUGUUAAACCAAGCAAAGGACUGAAUUCAAUAUAAAGAACCUGUGCAAUCACUUUCUUGCAUUUAACAUGUCCAUUAAGCCGCAAACAAAUGUACAGUAGCUUGUGUCAAAUUUAUAAACAAGAAAAAAAAAUGUUUUGAUUUAAAGUAUAAUUUUUAUGUAUGAGUCAGAGGUUUGACAUCUUUCUAUAUGGAUGCUCACUUCAAGUUCACUUUUGUUCAACGGCCCACUGAAGUCUUGCUGCUGAUUGGUUAAACCAUACCAUCAUGUUAACACAAGAAACCUGGCUGAUAAAAAUAUAUAUCUACUAAAUAAAAUAAGCAUUAUGUCGUUCUAUAUGUAUUACUUAAAAUGGUUGAUAUGGAUUGCACAGAAUCUGUUUAUUCAAACACUGUUUGGUGAGUUUAGUUAUCAAGAAAUGGAAAUUCACAUAAUGUGCUUGUAAAUACUGAGUUAGUCCAUGCCAUAGUUAAGAACAAAUGUUGAUUGAGCUCUGGUUAUAGUAAGAAGCUUGUAGCCCUCCAUAACUCAAUAGCUGAUUCAGUCUUGAAAUGCAGUUAAUGAAGUAUGUCCAUCAUUAGCUUUGCUGAUAUUAAUGGAUUAUUUGUGGAAAAGGGUCACAGUAGUUCCUAGUUGUAAAUUGUAAUUACUAAAUGGUCCUUAGGUACCUCACUCCCUCUUUUUAGAUAGGCAGCUAGAAUCUGUGACAGCCAAAUACAGCCUUUGUAUCUCUUCCUUUUAUUUUGGACUGUGAGCAUGAUCAAAAUUGGUCAAAAGGUCAAUAUUAGGCCUUUUUAAGAGUACUUUUCAUACAUUUUCAAAAGUUUAUCUUAAAAAAGACCUUGCGUAAUUACAAGUGUGCUUAACUGAUCAGAUAUAAACAUUUAUUGCAAACAAAUAAUAUAUUUUGAUUCCGUGUCUGACCCAUCAAACCUGUAUAGCAUGGUAUAUUUGCACAAUGCUUGCUCUAUUUCCCAUAGAGAAAGUGGUGUGGUAAUGUCCAUGUGGCUCAAAUCGAAUCUGAAUCUGGCUGUAGCCUCUAAUCUCAAGGGCAGUGCAGUCCUCCAGCACAUGAACUGUAGCUGUUCAGUGGAAAAAGUGUUUUUUUUCUUCUUAUCUUAUUAUUCUUUGUGUAGGGGGGACCCAUGUGCACAUAAAUAUACACAUUUUGGUUUGUAGCAAGAGCAGUGGGGUGUCAUGUAAUGCCAAUGCUAAAACUUAAGAUUGGCCGAAAAAUGCACUGCUGCUAUCAACAAUUCCGAGUCAAAUGAAAACAUAAGAUAAAUUGUCUUGAUCUUAAGCAAGACACCACAAAAAGGUCAGUGCACCGAAAUGAAAGCCAUACAGGGUCUGAAGAGUCAGUGUCUUAGGCCUAUUACGGUUAGGUGAGGGAAUAAGCCUAAUUAUUAUGUAUGUAUGCUAGUGUUCUUCAUGGUGAUAGCAAUCAUGUCACGCACAUUUCUCUUUAAAGAUUGUCUCUUAUUACCAAGGCCAGUUUCACAUGGAGUGAAGCAAGUUGAUUGGUCAUUACUACACACACAUUUAAAGUUGUGAAAUAUUUAGUACUCAAGUUAUGUGCUUAUUAAUUCACAACAGUAUUAUAAAUAGUUUUUGUUUUAAUUUUAA